AUUGACACAUUAAGAUCAUUUUAUUGCUGUCAACAGACUUAAGCAAACAACGUAUGUUUAUUCUUUAACUUUUGUAAUUCUUACAUUGUUUAUAUUUGGUAUCUUUUAAUUGUAUGUGUUUUUUUCCUAUAAUCCUCUGCCUGAAUAUUAAUGAGAGUAAAGAUUGAUAAUAAUGGAUAAAGGGUUUAUUGCUUUUUUCCAGCUAACAAGUACGAGGAUCAGAGCAUCAUGAAGAAGAGACAGAGUGUAUUAAAGGACAAAGAGAACAUGAGAGAUCUAGAACCCUGCAGAACCAAACACACUGAAGAACAAACAGACCUGAUGGAGGAGAAUGAGGAGAGUGACGAGCAGAAGCAUCAUCAUGGUACAACGAGAGAAAAAACUUGCUCACAGACCAAAAGAGUUUAUUUACGGAAAAGAAGAAAUAAGAAAGGUUUCACCUGCACUCAGUGUGGAAAGAGUUUGACAUACAAACACAACCUCAAUGUUCACAUGAAGAUCCACACUGGAGAGAAACCGUUCACAUGUGAUCAGUGCGGGAAGAGUUUCACACACAAAGUAACCCUUCAGCAACACAUGAUCCUCCACACUGGAGAGAAACUGUAUGAAUGUGACCAGUGUGGAAAAACAUUUUCAUGGGCUUCAGGCCUGAAGCAGCACAUGAAAGUUCAUACAAAGGAGAAACCACAUUCAUGUUCUUUCUGUGGAAAAAGUUUUUCACAACUGAACAAUUUAAAAGUUCAUCAGAAGAGACACACUGGUGUGAAAGAUUACAUGUGCUUUGAGUGUGAGAAGACGUUUACUACGGUUGCACAACUGAAGCUGCACAAGAGGAUCCACACUGGAGAGAAACCUUACAUGUGUUCAUACUGUGAGAAGAGAUUCAAUCAGUCAGUACAUCUGAGAAGACAUGAGAGGAUCCACACCGGAGAGAAACCGUAUCACUGCACUGCAUGCGGGAAGAGUUUCCGUCAUUCAUCAACUUUUUGUUUGCAUAUGAAAAACAAACACAGUAAGUAGAUCAUAGAUCCAGCACUUUCAAAUCUUAGUUUUCAACUUCGCCAAAUGUGGCACUCUAAUGCAUUGAGUAAUAAUAUCUGUCCUAACCAGCAACAGGACAAGGAAACAACAUCUAAAGUUUUCACCGUAGAUAAAGUUCAAGAUCAGCAGUUUCAUCUGUGAGAUCCAGAUCAACUCAAAGAUGGACCAGAUCUGAUAGUUUCACUGUUGUAAAACAUUACACUUUAUUACAGGUUGAAUCUUAUGUUCAGUUCUCUUAUAAUGCUUAUUUAUCAAUUUUUUUAAGUUUAGGCUUUUAUGAAAGAAGAUUUUUAAGUCCAAACUGUUGUUCAGAAUGCAUUAUUUUUAACUUGUUUUUAUUCUUCAACUUAAAGUGUAGUUAGAAAAUACAGAUGUAAAGUAUGUUGCUGUAACUUUGCUGUUGGCCGUUUCUUCAGUUUUAUUUUCGGGAGAUAAUUUGGUUUUCUUAUAAGUCCAUACAAAUCUGUAUGGUUUGUUUCCAUUUUUACUUGUUUUGUUGUCUGCUGAUUUGAAUUCUGUAAUUUUGGUUACAUUUAAAAGCCAUAUUAAUUGGAUUUUGUGGAUUUAGCUGAACUAAUGUAUCUGGCUGGUUAUGGAAUCGUCUGGUGAUUAUUAUCACCAAAAGAGGGCACUGACAACUUCACUGAUUACAUUACAUGAUUACAUUUUUGAAUUGUGGAUUCGUAAAGUCAUCAUUUUGUUUUAUUAUGUUCUGUCUGCUAGUUGCAGUAUUUACUGUUUCAUAGCCUGACUUUUGAUGAACUGUAUUAAAACUAGGGUCAGUUUCACCCACAAACAUAAUUAUUAUGAAUUCUAAUAUUAGUAUAUGGAAGUUGGAACCAACAAACAAUUAAAAACAAAAAACAAAUAUAUGGUCCUUGUUUUCAUUUAUUUAUAGAUAACCACAAGUGAGAUUUCAAUUGAAGUUUCAUUAAUAAAAUAGAAACUAGCCUAUUAUGUGAUUUUGGCAGCUGGGACUUGAAUAGAAGAUUUAUUGCAAAGGGACAAGACUUUUUCGACAACAACUGUAAGAUAUAAUUCUUUCUUUUAUGAUUGUUUGGUAGGCCACUGAUUUGCCAAUUUGUUGAAAUUGAGAUUCAUACAUCAUCUGAAAGCUGAAUAAAUCAUCUUUCCAUUGAUGUAUGGUUUGUUAGGAGGACAGUAUUUGGCCGAGAUACAAUUAUUUGAAAAUCUGGAAUCUGAGGGUGCAAAAAAGUCAAAAUACUGAGAAAAUUGUCUUAAAGUUCUCCAAAUGAAUUCUUAACGAUGCAUAUUACUUAUCAAAAAUUAAGUUUUGAUAUAUUAUGUUAGGAAAUUUACAAAAUAUCUUCAUGGUUUUGUGCUCCAGGGUCACAUUUGUUAGAAAGUCUUUAUUUUUGGUUAUAUUAUAUGCAACGUUAGUUCACUAGAUGUAGCCAG